UUAUGCCUUAUAACAGUGAUGUGUUGGUGAAGUAAAAUAAAAUGAAAUGUUAAAUGAGAUAAAAUGCUAAAUGAGAUCGUGGAUGCGAUACUCCCAAUAAACUGUGCAAGGACACUGAAGAGUAAACUAGGACAUGAAAAUAAGACAAAUUUCAAAAGAAGACAAACAAAUGAGAGAUACAAUACGAAAUAUGAAAUUAAUAAAGAACCUUACAAAUUUAUGGACGAUGUUCAAACACACGAAAUUAAAAGAACGACAAGAAGUAAAGCAAUGAAAAUAGAAAUUCCAUGUUUGUUAGGUCUUCUCGUUUUUUAUGUGUGUAUAGCGAAUGUUAUUAUUAAGUGUGAUGCAAGUGUUGAUGACAAAGCUUUGAGAGAUGAAAGAAAUAUACAUGGAAUGUAUAUGCACAACAAGGGAUCACCAAAAUAUUGGCAUGGUCAUAGAAACGGGGGUAAGUUAUUUGGUAAAAAUCACCACAAAAGAGCUUCGGUCCCUGACGAUGAAGACAAAGAAACUUACUCAGACCUUGAUGAAGAUGAUAAACGUUAUAAUUACUAUAGCCGUAAACACCCAAUUCCAAAUUUUAUUGGGAACGAGAGCUAUGUUAUUGGUCAUCCGCAUGAUUUAGUAUCAAACCCCUACUAUGUACAAGAUGUAAACUUUAAACUAAGACCUGAUAUGAGUCAGUUCAGCGAGAAAAUACUCAAAUUAGGAGUUCUCUUGCCAACGAGUCCAAAACUUUCGGAAUUUUCAAUGGCCAAAGUUCUACCGAUUUUGGAAAUUGCUAUCCGCGCCGUAACAAAACCUGAUGGCCCUCUACCGGGAUGGAAGAUUCUAGUAGACUACCGGGACACAAGAUGCUCUUCUAUAGACGGACCACUAGCCGCUUUUGAAUUCUACGUAAAUGGUUCUGCAGAUGCCUUCAUCGGGCCGGGUUGUGAGUACGUGAUAGCACCCGUUGCGAGGUACGCCGGGGCUUGGGGCAUACCUGUGCUGACUGCGGGGGCUAUGGCUGACUCAUUCAUCCACAAAAGUAGUUACUACACGUCGCUUACCAGAAUGAUGGGCAGCUAUACUCAGGCCAGUAUCGCCAUCAGCAAAAUUUUCGAGGAGUUUAACUGGCACCGAGUUGGCAUGUUAUACCACAACAAUGACGUGUCGACCGCCGCCGGAAAUAGCCGGUGCUUCCACACUCUGAGUCCGGUGUUCUCGAUACUGCAGAAACGGUCCGGCGCAGACAUCCGGAACCAUAUGUUUGACGAGAACAACACGACAUCUACGAGAUUUAAACAGCUUUUGCAGAAGCUGUCUUUGACCACUAGAAUCGUGGUGUUGUGCGCGAACCCCGGCACGGUGCGUGAGAUCAUGCUGGCUGCUGACGAGCUCAACAUGGUGUCUUCGGGAGAAUACGUGUUCUUCAACGUGGAGCUGUUCUCCAAUUUGGCAUCAGCGUCGUCUAAGCAGCCAUGGAAGGUGGAAGGAGACACAGAUGAACGCAACGAGCAAGCACGGCGAGCAUACAGCGCAGUGCUUACUGUCACUAGUCCAGCUCCUGAAAAUGAAGAGUACUUGGAAUUUUCUGAUCAAGUGAAAGAGCUGGCUGCGAAAAAAUACAACUACACAUUUGGUAAAGACGAAGUGGUGUCUACGUUCGUCGCCGCCUUCUACGAUGCUGUGCUGCUCUACGCUUUGGCGUUAAACGAUACCUUGAAGCAGUCUCCUGAGCCUAGGGGCCGACUGGAUGGGAAGGCGGUCAUCAAUAAUAUGUGGAAUAGGAGUUUUCAAGGUAUAACUGGCGACGUUAUAAUAGACAGCAAUGGCGACCGUGUGGCUUCGUACUCACUUCUGGACAUGGACCCGAAUACCAGCAAAUUUCAGGUAGUGGCGACGUACGUGGCGGCGAACAAGUCCUUACAGUUUCACCCAGACCGGCCUAUUCACUGGGCGGGUGGGGGAACUGAGCCUCCCCGUGACACCCCCAUUUGUGGUUUCGACGGUUCUCUGUGCCCUGACAAGUCGCUUCCCGUAUACGCCAUUCUCAGUAUCGUCCUCAGUUCCGUGGUGGUGAUACUGGCCAUCCUAUCAGUAUUUAUCUACAGACACUACAAGUUGGAAGCCGAGAUAGCCAUGAUGACGUGGCGGGUGAACUGGAGCGACGUACUUCAGCCAGGAGCGAGGCUGCGUGGGAGCAUGCACUCGCUGGCACGAAGGUACAGCAGUGGGACGGCGUACUCGGACGAGGCGACUUCAUUGGCCGGCGACCGACAGAUCUACGCUCCUUGUGGGAUAUAUAAAAGCUGCAGGGUGGUGCUCAAAAAAGUUGACAAACAGCGUAUCGAUUUAACACGACCUUUACUCCUCGAGUUGAAGAAAAUGAAGGAUUUAGAACAUGAUCAUUUAGCAAGAUUCUACGGUGCGUGCGUGGAUCCACCCCAUUGUUGUCUGUUGACCGAAUAUUGUCCCAAAGGGUCUUUACAGGACAUUUUGGAGAAUGACACGAUCAAAUUGGAUUGGAUGUUCAAAGUCAGCUUAAUGCAUGACAUCGUUCGGGGCAUGCACUUCCUCCACGGCACCGACAUAAGGUCUCACGGCAACCUCAAGUCCAGCAACUGCGUCGUGGACUCCCGCUUUGUACUGAAGAUCACCGACUUUGGUCUACACGCUCUCCGGACCAACGAGAAGGAUCCAUCAGCUCACAGCUAUUGGACCCGGAUGCUAUGGACGGCUCCUGAACUGCUACGAAUGGAGGACCCACCACCAGAAGGCACGCAGAAAGGGGACAUAUACUCUUUCGGAAUUAUCAUGCACGAAAUCGUGAACCGGCAGGGCGCGUUUUGGCUAGGACCCGGCAUAGAAAUGGGUCCAAAAGACAUAAUAGAAGCCGUGAAAGCGACAGGCCUUCGUCCGAACACGUCACACCACCGCUCGUGUGACAUCGACGAUGCACACGACCUCAUGCGCCGAUGCUGGGCCGAGGACCCGAACGAACGCCCCCCCUUCGCCCAGCUGAAGGGCGCAGUCCGUCGCCUCAACAAAUCCCAAGAAAGUAGUAAUAUAUUGGAUAACCUGCUAUCCCGUAUGGAGCAGUACGCUAAUAAUUUAGAAACAUUAGUUAGUGAAAGAACGCAAGAUUAUUUGGAAGAAAAGAAGAAGUGCGAAGAACUUUUAUAUCAGUUGUUACCAAAGUCAGUAGCCUCUCAACUGAUAAACGGGCAGUCGGUGGUCGCGGAGACGUUCGAGCAGGUCACCAUCUACUUCUCGGACAUCGUGGGGUUCACCGCGCUCUCCGCCUCCUCCACGCCGAUGGAGGUGGUCGACUUGCUCAACGACCUGUACACCUGCUUCGACAGUAUUGUCGAGAAUUAUGACGUUUAUAAGGUGGAGACCAUAGGUGACGCUUACAUGGUGGUGUCCGGUCUGCCCGAGCGCAACGGGACGCGGCAUGCCUGCGAGGUGGCCCGUAUGGCUCUGGCCUUGCUCAAUGCCGUGCGUCGGUUCCGCAUCAGACACAGACCGCAUGACCAGUUGAAGCUGAGGAUAGGACUGCAUUCUGGUCCCUGCGUCGCUGGCGUGGUAGGCCUCAAGAUGCCUCGCUACUGCCUCUUCGGAGACACAGUGAACACGGCCUCCCGAAUGGAGUCCAACGGUGAAGCCCUACGGAUCCACGUCUCACCGACCACGAAGGCUCUGCUAGAUACCUUCGGGACUUUCCAGCUGGAGCUGAGAGGAGAAGUUGCUAUGAAGGGAAAAGGAACUCUAGUCACAUAUUGGUUGUUGGGAGAAAAAGUCGACCCAAAUGCGCCCCCCAGAGAAAAAUCAUCGCUGCCAAAGCUACAAACUCAAUCCACCGAGAGCGGAGGGUCAAUUUCACAUCUAACUCCAUUCCGACAAAGACUCGAUCACGGAUCCAGGUCAUCCAGCAGGCGAGGCUCUGGCAUAUUCCAGCAGAGAAACAACGACUUAAUUAAGCUGGAAAAAGAAGCACAGCCGCUUUUACAAAAUCUCAAAAUUCAAAGACAGCAGUCAGAUCCUACCGAACCAGUCGCUAAUGGCGUCACAUCCGCUGAAGAAACAGAUAAACUCAGCGUUUCCAAUUCAAUAUCACUCAAUGUCAACUCCUUAAAUCACAAUUCUGUCAGUCAAAGCGGCCAACCUAAAGUUAAACUGAAGGACUGCCAAAUGAACUCCAUAGGAAACCAUAAUUCGAAUAAAGUAGGUAAUAAUAACUGGAUCCCCAAGUUACCGCAAGCGAGUUCGUUCGACAAUGGCUCCAAGAAAAACAACCAUUGCUUAAAAGACUAUAGCAGUGUUCCUUUACUGUCUAAGGCAGAUGCGGCAAAUGAUUCUAUCGUUUAAAUUGUAUCGUGAAUAAAUGUACUUAAUAUUGUGGCAAUUUCUAAGAGAGAUUUUGAAAAUGUAAGUGUGACUAUUCAAUGUUUUAAAUGUCGGUAGUCAUAGUAUCUCUAAUAUUGAAAUGUGCUCAGUUAUCGUCGUCUCUUACAUUCCUAAGCUUUGUGAACUAUCCUGCCCGUGGGUGUGAUACUUUUUUCAUGAGAAUGAACAUCGAAAUGUCAUUCAUUUUCAUUGGCUGAUGUGUAGUCAAGCUAUCGUAGCAGUACUUAAAAUGUAUUUAUUUUCAAAGUGUUGACACUAGGCUGUAAAUAUACUUAAGAAUUAUUUAUUGUAAAUAUUAUAGUAUUAAAUGUAACGUCGUUGUGAUCUUAGCAAAAGGUAUUCUGAAAACAAGUAAAUAUUAAUAGUAAAUGUAGACAAAGUAAAAAUUAAACCCUCAAUGUUUUAAAAACGUUAUAGCAAAUAUAAUGAGUGAGAACCAG